CUUGCGGCGAGUUCGUCGUGAUUAACCCAUAAACCAGAGAAAAAACACUGUUCCUGUUCACUGUCGCCCGGCCACCGUUCCUAUAGGCGUCUCCUUCAUCUGGGGGCUGAGCAGGCUCUCAGAGAGGUCCACGCGUGAACGCCCGCCCCACACACGCGGAUGUCCCCUCAUUUAUUCCCGUUUCCCUUUUCCGUUUUUCUUCGCGCGUUGCUGUUUCCUCGCCUUUUCCCCCUGAGUGUCUGUCUCUUUGUCAACGCCUUUUUCGCCGUCUUCUCGUCCCACCCCCCCCCCUGGCGAUUCCAGCCGUUCCCGGGCGCGCCCCCUGGUGUCUCAGGACGUGUGCGCCGCAUCGUUCAAGUUCUCAGUUUCCAGAGUUUUCGAGUUUUUUGUCUCGGCCUCUCUUCGGCCACUCGCAGGCAAGGUUUUCUCAUUCUCCAGAAAUACAGGAGCGAGGCAGGCGCCUCGAAGAAGCGCAAGAGACGGGCGGUCAAAGGGCGGUGAACGCGGACCGUGAAAGAGCCUUCUGUUUUGAACUUUCCACCCUCCUUCGCUUCCGAGUUUUGGUAGCCUUUUCGGAGAGCCUCGAUACCGUUUUUUUUGUUUCGUGUCAGGAUUCCUCACAAACUUCGAAAGUUGCCUCGACGCAGUGCGCGCUUCUCUUUCGCAGCUCUGUCAGCCGCUGACGAGAGGAGUGACUUUGACUUUUUUUGGGGGCUUUCCCGGCCUUGAGUGCGGACUGGAAGGGUCUCUGAUCGCGCCUCCACGGAGCGUCACCUGUGAAUAAGGCAAAGGUCGGCGGCAAGCAACACUCGCAGCUAUCAGGUUUUCUGCUGGCUCCAUACGCCUCUCUGAUCGGAGACCAGCGCGCGCUGUCGCAACUCCCGACACUGCGUAGCGCACACACACCCGCGAGUACAGCUUUCACAAAGGUAGAUUUGCUCCGUGUAUACACUUUGAGUAUUUCGAUGGCACAGCCUUCGGUCGCUUCGCGUUUCUCACCUGCAUGCCUCUUACCUCUUUGGUCAGCCCGGCUCCCUCGGCUUCGAGUCCGUCUCUUCGGAACGUAUCUCCGGUGGUCACCUUCUUGUUCACCGACGCGGCAGGCCGCGCAACCAAGUCCGUUUCUGGCCGAAACCGUCAAUCCGGAAACGCAAGGAGCCGAGGUGAGCACUUCACCUUCUCGUGGUGUCGUCGCCACAAGACCUUCCAGGCCGACGCGGACCGCACCGAGUUCAGCUGACCUGAUUGCUUCAGUGUGACGCCUGCGUCCCCUGUGAUCUGAGCGUCGCGGCAGCCUGCUGGUCUGCGUCGAUUCUCCUGGUGGCGCCGCCUCGCCUGUCGGACUUUUCCGUUGCCGGUUUUUUCGGGAGUCACACAGGUCGAUGCCUCCAGCUUGCGUCUGCUCUUCGAUUCUCUUUGACUCGCCCCCAUGCGCCGGGAAGCUUCCGUGGCUUCUGACGCGAUCGACCGGCUGGCAGCCUUUCUCGGCAACGCCCGCUUGACGCACGUUCGGCCGCAUACCUUUCGGUUGGGGGGGUCGCUCCAAUGGGCCUGAACCAAGUAAACCAAGUGCAUGUCGUUGCUUGGGCAAGCACACUGAGUGCCUCCGUCAGGGUCGCUGCCUUCACCUGCCUCUGCGUAUCAUCCCGCGUCGGCUUUCGUUCUCUUUGCCGGGUGGGGUCCUGGCCUCUCUUUUCCGCUCUCCUUCUUGUUCUCUUCUUCCUUUUCUUCUCUUUUCAAGCGUGUGUGUGUCGACGUUGCUUCUCUCUCCACGGUCGUUGAGGCUUGUUUCUUCGAUGAGAAGGGAAGAGCGCAGGACGAGACGCAAAGCAUCCCGAUGGCUGCUGCGACCCUGGACGAACCUGAGGAGGCACCGGGCCUGGCUUGCGCCUCCGAGGUUUGGCCUCCGGCCGUGAACACACGCGCGACUCGAGCGCAGCACAGCGCACUGCCGCCUCGGCCGGCGCGCAGCUCAACGCAUGCGUCUCUCUCGAGCACAGGAAGUCACGGAGACACCGCGUCCGGGGAGGGACGCAGUUCGACGUCAACCGUCGGCGCGGACGACGGCGAGGUCGGCCAGCUGCGAGUGGAGACGCCGACAGACGCCGCGAACGACGCGAAAUGUUCUGGCAUCCUCGCCAAGGCGGCAAACGCUUUCAGCGCCAAGUGGUAUGGCGAGGUGACUCUGGGGCAAGUCUGCAGACAGACGAGACGACUGGAGGGUGAGACCUGGCUCCCGAGAAGCGAAUUCGCCUGCGUUGUCGGCGAAGGGGACGCUCCCCGAGGGAGCGUUCAAGAGACGAAGAAUUCGCGAGAGGCGAAGUCGAUGGACGUCGGGCCUCGAGUCGGCGAAGGCGGUUUCGGCGACGGCGACGAUCCGAACGAGGACGGUGCGUGGGCGUCUCUCUACCGUCGGCCCUUUGGGGCGUGUACGGUUGUGGUGAGAGACAUUUGCUUCACUCUGCCUCGGAAACGGGAGUCGACGAGAUGCAGCUUUUUGAGACGGUGUGCCUCGGCACUCUGCUCGCUCAUCUGCUUCUCCAAGGACCUCCUAACAGUCCCCCUGCAGCAGCUGGUGGUUGGCGAAAGCCAGCAGGAGAGACGCAGCUCACAGUACGCGUGGGGUCGACCGGCCAGUGCCUGUAGACCUGCGAGCGAGAUGGAUGCGAGCAGCAGCGAGGCGACGCGCAUGCGCAGCAGUAGGCUGGCGGCGGAAGAGAGUGAAAAAGACAGUGGAAGAAGUGGACGGGAAGCUGCGGAAGGCGACGCAGGCCGCGGGCAUCCCGCAGAGGAACCGGAAGCCGACACACGCAUGCAGACCUCGGAAAGCGGGCGCGACGAACGAGGGAGUUCCAACUUUGGGGGCGGCAGAGGCGGCCAUGGACCAGCUGCGCCGGAACAGUGGCGGGAGGAUGAAGCAGCGAAGGACAAACAAGAGGCAGACGAACACAGACCGGAAGAACGACAGCUGGUGCUUCAUCCCUUCUCCGCCGUGUUUGAAGCAGGCACCAUGACGGCGGUGAUGGGGCCGAGCGGGUGCGGCAAGACGACGCUGCUCAACGUGGUGGCGCACCGGACGCAAGCGCGGCAGACUGGCGGCCAGGUGUUCGUCAACGGGAAGCCCCGAGGUCGCUCGUUCAAGCGCCUGGUGGCUUUUGUCCAGCAAGACGACAUCUUUGACGGAAAAGAGACAGUGCGAGAAUGCCUCGAGUUUUCACGAGACUUGCGCAUGAACUUCUCGUCGAUUCCAGACUCCACAGAGAGACAGCGAGCCGCGGACGCCUACACCGACCAGGCCCUGAGGGUUCUAGGCCUGCAGGCUGUCGCCGACAGCCCCAUAGGAAAUGAAGCAGUCAGAGGCGUCUCUGGCGGCCAAAAACGAAGGGUCACUCUCGGCCUUGGUCUGAUGAGCGACGCGCAGAUUUUCCUUUGCGAUGAACCGACGACAGGCCUCUCGGCUGCGGACGCGCUGGCGGUGGUGAGGACGUUGCGGCGCCUCUGCGACGUGUACACCGUGACAGUGGUUGCCGUGAUUCACCAGCCCUCCAUGCAGAUUCUGUCGCUCUUCGACAACUUGAUUUUGCUCUCCUGCGAAGGCCGCUGCGCGUACAACGGGAAGGUCGCAGACUGCCAAGCGUGGUUCGAGAACUGCGGCUUCCCCUUCCCUCUCCACCAAAACCCCGCGGACUACCUCAGCGACCUUGUCUCCCCACACAAGGGACAUCCUGCGCAACUCGCCGCCUUCUACGAGGCACACCAAUUCCCUGCAGUCCAAGCGCGCGUCGCCGAGGCGCUGAGGGGUGCCCAGACACCCAGCGGAGGUCGCCGGGACAGCGCGCGGGCCGACGCAGACGAAAACAUGCCUCCAGAUGGUGCACAGGCUUCCAGUUUCGCGGCUCUCGAUUUGCAUUCGGAAGCGACGGGAGGUUCGCCUUCUUCUUCAGAGGCCGGGGGCGAAGACGCUCCACACAUCGCGAGUUUGUGGAAGCAGCUUUCGAUGAUAGGACGACGAAGCGCGCGUCUGUGGCUGCGCGACAGAGGGACGUUGGCGGCGAUCUACUGCGACGCCGCCGUCGAGGGCGUCAUUCUCGGCUUGGUCAUGGCUCGCGUGCGUCAAACGCAGCCGCCGUACUACCAGCUGUCCGCGUUGUUUCUUCUGGUCUACUGUGUUUGCGCUUCUGCGCUCUGGACGAUCCCGCUCUUCGUUCAACAGAAGGCGCAGCUGAUUAUGGAAGUCACGGGGGGGUACUACUCGGCGUUGCCGCACUACUUGGCGACCACCAGCGUGUCUGCAUGCGUCGUGGGGGGCUCCGACGUCGUUCUCUUCUCCAUUCUCUGGUUCCUCGCCGGAUUCGAGUGGACGGCGCUGCCCUUCUCGCUCUUCGUCUCACUUCUCGCCUUCCUCGUCGUCGACGGCGCCUUCUACCUCGCGUCCAUCGCCAGCAGCUCGUUCGCUCACGCCAACAGCGUCACCGCGGUGGCCUUCAUGCUCUUCACCUUCGUCAACGGCUUCACCACGAACCCUCAGAGCAUGCCGCUCUACGUCGGCUGGGUGAGCUACCUGUGCCCGUUCUUCCUCGCCUUCGAAGCCACAGCCGUACACGUCAUGAAGGCGUACCCUUUCGCGGACCAACAGGCCUCAGGCCGCGGUCGCACUUUGCCCGCGGGAGAGCCGACCCUGGCGUCGGCGGAAGAGCUGUUCAAGCAGUACGGACUAGCUGGAAGGGUGUAUGGCGUAACGAUGGAUCCGGGCACCUACGUGUGGGUUGUCGACGUCCUCAUUCUCGUCCUUCUCGCCGUUGCUGUGAAAGGUUCCGCGGCCGUUUUCCAGAGCGUCUGGGUCGCGCCAAACACCGAGAGCACCUGGAGGCGGAGUCGACUCCGAGGUGUGAACAAGCAGGCGAAAACGAACGAGGAGGAAGCCGGGGAGAUCGAGCCGCGAAAGUCGAAGCUGAGAGCUCGCGGGCGUGGGUAGCCAUCUGAGGAGGUCGAUGGGGUGACGCGAGGCGACGAAACAAAGAGACGGAGAUGAAAGGAGAGACGAAGAGAAGGAGAGAGAAGGAUAAAUCGAGAGAACGAUAAAUCGAGAGAAAGAUGCAUUGUCGGUCGACUGGAAAGGCAAGAAGAGCCAUGGCGGUGGGUGUGCAAUUGGACGAGUCUGCAUUCUGAGAGCAGCGUCUUUGCAUGCCCCAGUGUUGCGUCGGCGAUGACCACCGGCCGUGGAUUCGCGCUUAGACGAACGGCAAGAGGAGUCUCGCGAGAACGUCCAAGGACCCGCAUAUCCAUGCCUUCGUUUUCAAUUGGAUGCUUGUUUGUAGACUUCGCCGUAUGGAUAGGUCUGCGUGUCUACGUAGUUAUGAAUAGCUGUUUGCAUGCGCUCGUGUGUCUGUGCCCGCGCCUGUGGUGUGUGUGGUUACAAAGAACUCGAAGCUCGGUUCACAGGUCAAGUCGCAGAAAUCGGCUGUUCGUGGACGAGUCCCGCCUGUGUGUAUGGACACCCCUCGGCGUUGGAGUGUUGCUGUGAAAGGGAAGCAGGACUUCUUGUUCUCCGUCGUCUCUCCUCUGUCUGUCAAAGAGUCGCUGUAAAGGCAAGUCCCGAAUCGUGGAUGUCUCCUGUGUGUCGUCUGGGCGCCUUGGACUCCGAACGAUGUUAAAAAAGCAUUGAGAAUUUCCAGGCUUCUCUUGGACGCCUGCGUCGGCCUCGCCCUGGGUUCUUCUUUCUCUCUGCUCGCAGUGCCAGUGUGCCGGGCCUGGCGCCUUCUUGUCGCGUGCGUUUGUUGACGCAUGCAGCUAUUUGUCAUAUGCGUCGCUUUGCCGCAUGUGUUGUCUCUUCGUGUCUGCGUUCCUCACCCACACCCCCCUGCCCCCCAGCUCGAAGAAUCUCUGAGAGACAAGCGAGAGAGCCGGGGGCCAGUGGCGUGAGCGUGCCAACAGGCUACGCGGCUGUGGCGCGCGCGGACGUCUGGUGUCUACUUUUUCCAAGACCUUUUUAUUCUGUCUCGCCGUUGCAGUUCGCCGAGCAAAGGCGGAAAAAUCCCACCGGAACACUCUGGAAC